UCAUACAAUUAUUCCUGACAGUCUCAUACAACUAUUCCUGAGUGUUCUUGGUUAGUGGCAAAAACUACUUAUUAUUUAGAUUCUCCGAAGUUCACUUGACAGUGACCACUUCAGUUUACAUACUCUCUGCUCUACCCCAUCAUGCAUCUCUUCAUUUAAAGGAAUCCUAAGUAUUUUUUUGCCUGAACAUAAGGCUUCUCAAGGGCAAAUACAGGGCAGAAAAUAAGGCAAAUAAACCCACUUGGAGAGGGCCCCAGGUGCUCAAUGCCAAUGUCUGUAGUGAUGUCACAAUGGGCAAAAGUUCCAUUUUUGACAUCAUAAGCACGAGUACCCCAGAGACUCACAAGUCAUUCUACUCAGCAGCAGACAGCAGCAGAAAGACAAAGAGAAAUGAAUUCCAUUAUGAAAUAGCGCAUGGAAGCCAUGAAGAAAGACAUUCUGGCUGGGGACCAGGACACUUCGGGUGUCACACAGCUGUCCCAGGGCCAGUCUUGUCCCCCCUCAAGACAGGACACAUUGCCACAGUCCUCUUUGGAGAAGGGAGCGUUUCAAGCAUGGUUAGAAAGAGAACUUGAAAUUGCAAACCAAAAUCAAGAGAAGAAAUUGAGUGUGGAGAAACAACUCAAUAAAAAGAAGCGAAGAAAAAGAAGGAAAAAAGGAGUGAUGGAACAAAGAAAGGUAUUAGGAACGAGUGAAGAAGGGGCAGAACAUGCAACAGAAGCGAAGGAUCACAAAGUUGAACGGAUGAAAGAAGAAAACGGAAUGGAACGGGGUGAAGAGGAAGGAACAGCAAUGGAGGCCGUGAGACAGGCAAAUGAGCAGGAAAGAAUGAGUGAGACAUCCAGUGAGAGUGACACAUCUAAUGAGAGAGACAGCGACCCUCUGACAGUUAACUCAGAGCAGGGAGCAGGACAAGCGUGGCUUCAAGGAGAACUUGAGAGAGCACUGGAGCGGCAGAAGUUAGCGAACAAUAGGAUACAGAUUCAGAAAAUAACAACAUGCAUGACCUUCCACAGACUGAAUGGAGAGAAUAAAGAGGAGAUGGAGAAGAUGAAAGAGGAACUAGCAGAAAGGAUGUUGGCAGAUGAUUGGCAGAGAGAUAGCACAUGGGAGAUGGCAGAGAGAUUGGCACAGGAGCAAGACACGAUUGCAGGAACAAGCAGUAUAUGUUCUCAAGAUGUCACAACAAAGCAGGAGACACCAGAGGUGGAGACAAAUCCAUUCAAGUCACUUGGAGCUGGGGCAGAACAAGAUAGACAGAGUCAUGAAAGCAAGGCAGAGGAAGAAUACAGCAUCCCUGCAGAGAGGAGGGAAGAAACACUUAGAGAGCUGACACUGACCCAGUCCACCAUAGAAGAUCAACAGAGAAUGAUAGAUGACCUUGAGAGGAUGCAUGGAGCGCUUGAAGCAUUGUUUGAAAGAGAACUGGAAAUAGCAAACCAAAGUCAGGAGAAGAAAUUGAGUGUGGACUUGGAGAGAGAAGAGCCAAAGGAAAAACAACACAAUAAAAAGAAACAGAGAAAAAGAAGGAGAAAUGGACUGAUGGAACAAGGAAAUGUUUUAGGAACGAGUGAAGAAACGGAGAGACAAAAAGAAAUACAGAACAGAACAGAACCAAACGACCAGAUAGUUGAAUUGAUAAAGGAAGAAAAUGGAAUGGUACGGGGUGAAGUGGAAGGAACAGCAAUGGAGGCCGUGAGACAGGCAAAUGAGCAGGAGAGAAUGAGUGAGACAUCCAGUGAGAGUGACACAUCCAGUGAGAGAGACAGCGACCCUCUGACAGUUAACUCAGAGCAGGGAGCAGGACAAGUGUGGCUUCGAGGAGAACUCGAGAGAGCACUGGAGCGACAGAAGAUAGAAAACAAUAGGAUACAGAUUCAGAAAAUAACAACAUGCAUGACCCUCCACAGACUGAAUGGAGAGAAUAAAGAGGAAAUGGAGAAGAUGACAGAGGAACUAGCAGAAAUGAUGUUGGCAGAUGCUUGGCAGAGAGAUAGCACAUGGGAGAUGGCAGAGAGAUUGACACAGGAGCAAGACACAAUUGCAGGAACAAGCAGUAUGUGUUCUCAGAAAGAUGACACAACAAAGCAGGAGACACCAGAGGUGGAGGUGGAGACAAAUCCAUUCAAGUCACUUGGAGCUGGGGCAGAACAAGAUAGACAGAAUCAUGAGAGAAGGGCAGAAGAAGAAUACAGCAUCCCUGCAGAGAGGAGGGACGAAACAGUUAGAGAGCUGACACUGGCCCAGUCCACCAUAGAAGAUCAACAGAGAAGGAUAGAUGACCUUGAGAGGAUGCAUGGAACGCUUGAAGCAUUGUUUGAAAGAGAACUGGAAAUAGCAAACCAAAGUCAGGAGAAGAAAUUGAGUGUGGACUUGGAGAGAGAAGCGCCGAAGGAAAAACAACACAAUAAAAAGAAACAACGAAAAAGGGGGAAAAAAGGACUGAUUGAACAAGGAAAUGUAUUAGGAACGAGUGAAGACACGGAGAGACAAAGAGAGAUCCAGAACAAGUGGAUGGAUGUGGAUCGACUGAAUGGAAAGGAAGAAAACACAGAGGAGGGGAUGAAAAAGAAAGUAGAAGAAAAAACAGCAAUGGGCCACGCAGAAGAAGGGGCAGAACAUGCAACAGAAGCAAAGGAUCACAAAGUUGAACGGAUGAAAGAAGAAAAUGAAAUGGAACGGGGUGAAGUGGAUGGAACAGCAAUGGAGGCUGUGAGACAGGCAAAUGAGCAGGAGACAAUGAGUGAGACAUCUAGUGAGAGUGACACAUCCAAUGAGAGAGACAGCGACCCUCUGACAGUUAACUCAGAGCAGGGAGCAGGACAAGUGUGGCUUCGAGGAGAGCUUGAGAGAGCACUGGAAUGGCAGAAGGUAGAGAACAAUAGGGUACAUUUCCAGAAAAUAGAAACAUGCAUGACCCUCCACAGACUGAAUGGAGAGAAUAAAGAGGAGAUGGAGAAGAUGAAAGAGGAGCUAGCAGAAAGCAUGUUGGCAGAUGCUUGGCAGAGAGAUAGCACAUGGGAGAUGGCCGAGAGAUUGACACAGAAGCAAGACACAAUUGCAGGAGCAAGCAGUAUGUGUUCUCAAGAUGUCACAACAAAGCAGGAGACACCAGAGGUGGAGGUGGAGGUGGAGGUGGAGACAAAUCCAUUCAAGUCACUUGGAGCUGGGGCAGAGCAAGAUAGACAGAAUCAUGAGAGAAGGGCAGAAGAAUACAGCAUCCCUGCAGAGAGGAGGGAAGAAACAGUUAGAGAGCUGACACUGGCCCAGUCCACCAUAGAAGAUCAACAGAGAAGGAUAUAUGACCUUGAGAGGAUGUACUUGGAGAUACAGAAAGAGAAAGUUGAGGCCCAGAGAAUCUCAGAGAGACACAGCGAGGAACAAGAACGACGGAUUGGCCAGCUGGAGAAAUUGACAGAAAACAUGAUGAAAGAGAAAGUUGAGGCCCAGAGAGUCUCAGAGAGACACAGCGAGGAACAAGAAAGACGGAUUGGCCAGCUGGAGAAAUUGACAGAAAACAUGAUGACGAAAAUCAUAGAGAUGGAGAGACAACGUGAUGAAAUAGCAGCACACAGAAAAGUGGAGCAGGAGAGAAUGACAACAGAGGAAAUGGAGAGAACGGCAGAAGGCACACCAAAUGACCAACCAAAAACAGUAGCAACAAUGGAGGAGGCCAGCAUGCCUACAGGAGGCCAGUCUGCCGGUGUGAACUCUGAGCACCUGGAAAUCAUUUAUGUGAGAGAGGAGGAGAGACACGGCCAAGAGAUAAUGGUGUCCGGUAGUCACGUGGAAAACUGUGGGCCUGAAAAUGACAUAGGAAUAGACGCAAAAAGAGAAGGGCAUAAAAGCACUGGAAACUCAAGGCCAGCCGAAGACCGUUCAUGCCCAAGCAAUGACAUGGAGCGAAGAGGACAGAGUGCAGCGGCCUCUCUAGAAAAUUGUAAGCCCAAAGACAUGGAGACAGACACCCAAAGAGGGGAAUGCAGAGCAGCUGGCAUUGCAGUGCCAACUGAGAAUGACAUGGAAUCGGAAACAUCUGAUGGACCCAGUGAGCAGCUGCCUGGAGGUCUCGAGGGGGAGCAGAAAAAGAAAAAGAAGAAAAAGUCCGUACUGAGUUGGAUGAGGAAGCGACUCCGAUUUGGACAAAACUAAACACCAGCAUCCGCGCACACACACACACACACACACACACACACACACACACACACACACACACACACACACACACACACACA